GGUAUGUCGAUGUAGAGUGUAGAGUGUAGGGUGUAGGUGCUAGGACUGACCUGUCAUUUUGGAGUAGAGAAUGGCUUCGCUUUCAGGUUAUGUGUCGCAUUGAGAACGCCCAGUGACAUUUCUACCGUUUCAUCUCGUAAAAUUUCAAGCUCGUCCGAUUCAAUAUGACCUAUUUGAACCAACCGGAUUACGUGCGCUAUUUGUGCAACUGCGGUUCCUUAAAGCCCAUAUCGAAGAUAUAUUUUUGCCGACAUUGCUUGAUGAUACGAUGUGGCUAUUGUGUCUGUCAGGAGGUGGACUCCCAUUACUGUCCCAAUUGUAUGGAGAAUUUGCCCUCAUCGGAAGUACGUCUUAAAAAGAACAAAUGUUCCAAUUGCUUCGACUGUCCGUGCUGUUUUCAAACGUUAUCUACAAGAGCGGGAAUAGCACCUAUGCGAGCAACAGCAUCAACUGAUGGAGAAGAGAACAAGGAUGUUAAAGCCACUCCCAAAAAAGUAUAUUAUCUAUUUUGUUCACUGUGCCGAUGGAGCUCUCGAGAUGCAGGGAUACCUGACCAAUCCGUAGCAACUGGGGGAUGGCCCGAGCAGGAAAAUCCACAUGUAACACGCAUCAACGCUCUUAUCGAUUACCACAAGGUAUUAGCCUCUAUAGAGAAACAGCAAUGUGAAAGGAAGAAAUUUCAUCCAAAACGCUCCUUCAUGCCAGCUCAGACAAUGUACAGUUUUACAUCGGCGCUGGUUCGCAAACGUAUUGGACGUCCCAUGAAACCACCACUGCAAUCUCAAUCGUCUGCUCAGCCAGUACCAUCCGUUGCACGUGAGGAAGUGGACGAAUUGCCGAGCGAUAUAUUUACAGAAUCUGUGGAUAUAACUAAAGUUACCACGUUGGAGCAAAGAUUGCAGCAUCCAGAGGUGCAACCUGAGAAAAUAAACGAAUUGCGUCCUCAGCACAGACAGUUCUUAGUCAAAAGAUCGCAACGUUGCAGAGUGUGCGAGCAUAAUGUUAGCAAAUCUGAUCUUUGUCCUCAGUCGACAAAAUUCAAGAUUUUACUGGCUGCGUUUUAUCACAUCCCCGAAGUCAAGAUCGUGACCUGCGAACCACUUCGACCGGGGAAAUCGAGUGAACUGCUUCUAAAAUUCUGCAAUCCAACACAGCAUCAAACUCAAAUAACUAUAUUGCCGUUAGAUACCUCGUUAUCUACUUCGCUUACUGACGAAAAAGACGUUAAACAAGAGGAUACGCAAGGGAGUGAAUCUCCAAAUUUAUUGCCGUCUACCGUGCGACAGGCGCCUGUAACAGAAGAUCCUAAGUCAAUAAAAGUUGUACCAAAUGCGGAUUUGAUGAUGCCUCACAGUUCGUUAAUUCUGCCACCAAGGGACGAUGCUGCUGAAUACGAUGACACGAGUGACAAUCACAAUUUUCAAGAUGAUCCAAAGCUUGUAGUAUGGCGAAAAGGGAAUAAAGCUGUGAUACGUUUGCACGUAACUCCGCACGGUACUAAUAAAGAUAAUGAAGAUCCAGUUAUAGUUGGAUUUGUCAUGCAACAUGGAUACGUAAAUACCAUUGCGGCGCUGGAACACAAAUCGCCUCAAAAAGUAGAUGUAAAGAUCAAGCUCUAUCUCACUGUUGGUCAGCUAGUUGGCGAAACAUAAUCUUUUUCGAUUUAAUCACAAAAUAGAGUACUCUAUGUGAUGAAUGCUAUAUAGUUUUUCAAUAGUCGAUUAAAUUGAAUAUCAAGGAUAUCAAAUAUUUAUGCAUCAAUAUAUUAUUUUAAAGUAUUAAGCUUGAUAGAUUAAUAAUAUAUUCAUUGACACUAAACACAUAAAAUGUAAUGCUCUUAAUUUACCUAAUGUUCUAUAUUAUUGUAA